AUGAGGGUAUCAUCAACCCCGUUAGCAUCUCUACUAGUCGGCUUUGCUGCCAUCCUGCCAACAACCCUCGCUGUCUUUCAAGACGAGGCUUUCCAGAACGACUGGCAUAUCCCACUUCUGGGCCCUUCGCUCCGAGAAUCUACCUUCUUUCACCGCCCCCUCCUAGAUGCGAAAGCGAGCCUCAUAUAUACACUUACAGAGCGCAAUAUCAUUGCUGCGCUGCAUCCAAAAGAUGGCGGGAUUGUAUGGAGACACCAGCUGGAAGCUUGCGCAUCCAAGAAGCUGGCUCGAGCUGUAGAAGGUGUUGUUGUGGCUGGCAGCUGUGGGAAUGUCAAAGCGUUCGACGCAGUGACAGGAAAGCUAGCCUGGGAAAAUAGAUUCGAGGGUGGGAAUGUGAAAGAUUUCAAGUCUGCGGGCAAGGAAGACGCAGUGGUAGUGCUUUUUGAUGAUGGUAGUGUAAGAAUGUUAGAAGGUGGGAGUGGGAUUGUUAUGUGGGAGUGGAAAGGCCUCGAUGCGAAAGAUACACCGUAUUCGAUCUCUGUAACGAGUGAUAGUGUCUUGGUCGUUUCUGUUCAGCCAGAGAAGACAUCGAACAAUAUGCAUAUCACUAGCUUAGUGCUUGAGUCCGGUUUGCCUGCUAAAUUCUCCCGCGAUUUGCGCUCAUCUGUUGAAUCGGUGGACAAUAUUCUCAGCUCUGAUGCCCUCAUGGCCUGGACUGAAGAUGAUUUCCGAAUUCUAAAAAUGGUUCCUAUCAGUGGGGGUAGGCUCUCCGGUGAGAAUGUCAAAAUCCCAGAAGGCGUCAUCGAUAUCGAGGUCCAUACCGAUAGCGACAAUGUUGCACUAGUGCACUACAAAACUGCGGACAAAUCAUGGGGAACAGCUUACAGAUGGGACUAUGAGUACGGCCCAGUCAUGUCCUAUUUGGAUAUUGAAGAAAAACCCGGUGCGGAUAGCACAUUCUCAAUAAGCAAGUCUGGAGGUCAGACGUUUUUUGUCUGGAGCUUUGCCAACGGAGAAGCAUUCCUAUACGGAGAACAAGGUCAAUUGGCCGAAUACAGCCCUAAAUUUGAAUACAAAGGGAAUCAUAUCACAAAUGCCGCUUCGGAGGUUAUCACUAGAUCUGACGGCGCCUCGUAUGCAGUUCGCUCGUUCAUAUCAACUUCCGCCCCCGGAUUUAAAGGAAACACCCACCUUGUCCGUAAUGGCGAUCUAGAAUGGACUCGCAAGGAGUCCUUGGCCUCUGUUUCGGUAUCUACAUUCGCUGAAUUAUUGGAUCCCGCUGCCGAAAAGGUUGCGAACGAGCUGAAUGCCGAGGGGCACAAAAGUAUUGGUGCUGCCUACGUUCAUCGUCUCACUAGACACGUGCAGGAACUUAUCGAAUACGGGCCUGCUUGGGUGUCUGGUAUUCCAGUAAGAGUCAUGGAUGCGUUUUUGAACAAGGAGAAAGCGGAGAUUGGCGGGAAGUGGAGGGACUUCUUUGGAUACAGGAAAUAUGCAAUUGUUGCUACUGAAGAAGGUGGUCUGGCGGCAUUAGAUAUUGGAAAGAAGGGGGAGAUUGCCUGGGAGUCCAAUGUUCUACCAAUUGAGGGUGAAUGGAAAGGUGCUCUCGGAGUCUACGAAGUCUCAAAGGGGGUCGUCGCAGUUGUCACUAAGGGAGGUGAAUACCUCGAGUUUGAUGCAUUUGAGGGCACCAUGCUUCACAGGGAGAAGAUUCCUGGUUGCGGAACCAUCAAGAGCUCUAGCACUGUAGAUGGCAUUGGCCGCAAACUCGUCCUUGCCGUUCUCAAGUGUGGUAAAGUCAUGGUCCUCCCCUCAGGUUCACCUCUCCCGGAAACCGUCUUUCUCGCUGUCCAAGACGAUGCGGGUCAUGCGAAAGGCCUCAAAGUAGCCUCCUCCGGCAAGCCCGAGCAAACAUGGGUCUUCAACCCUCCCACAGGCGAGCAAAUUGCCUCGAUCUCCACCAGGCCUGCCCACGAUCCCAUUGCAUCUAUUGGCAAGGUCUUAGGCGACCGCUCAGUAAUGUAUAAAUAUAUCAACCCACACCUAAUCUCGAUCGUUACCGCAGACCCCAACGGCUCAACAGCCUCAAUCCACCUCCUUGACUCUGUCUCUGGCGCCGUCCUCCACUCAGCAACACACACAGGCGUUGACACUAGUAAGCCCAUUGUAUCCACUGUCUCUGAGAACUGGGUUGUAUACAGCUACUACGGCGAUGACACCAUUCCCGGCAAGACUGCCGCUAAGGGCUACCACCUCGUCGUCUCUGAAAUCUUUGAGAGUGAGCAGAAGAACGAUCGAGGCCCACUCGGCGGCGCCCAAAACUACUCUGCGCUUGCCGGUGAAACUGGGGAACCCUUCGUGCUCUCACAAUCAUUCAUCUUCCCUGGUGAGAUCACGUCUCUAGCGACUACUACUACCCGCCAAGGCAUCACCAGCCACGAAAUCUUGGCGCUACUGCCAGAGUAUUCGUCGAUCUUGGGACUGCCAAAGCGUAUGCUUGAUCCUCGUCGCCCAGUGGGCCGCGAUGCAAAUCCUGGGGAGGUGGAGGAGGGCCUUGUCAAGUACUUCCCUGUCAUUGAUGCGGAUCCCCGUGGUAUGUUGAACCAUAAGCGAGAGCUUGUGGGCAUCAAGAAGAUUGUUACUACACCGGCGCUAUUGGAGAGUACCAGUCUUGUAUUCGCGUACGGCGGUGAUCUCUUUGGUACAAGAGUGACGCCCAGUAUGGCGUUUGAUGUGCUCGCCAAGGGGUUCAGUAAGAUUCAGCUUGUUGGGACAAUUGUGGCGUUGGGUGUGGGCGUGGGCUUUGUGGCGCCCAUGGUGAGGAGGAAACAAAUUAACCAGAGGUGGUCUAAUAGCUAG